AUGGCCGCUUUCGCGAGGGACCACGUCUCGGAUCCCAUCGACGUCAUCAUCUCCGAUUACAUGUCCGAGGUGAACAUGGCGAUCGGGGCGGGGAGGAAGGUAGACGCGGCGCAGUCGACGGCUGAGGGAGCCUCGAGCGACAACCCCCUCGGGGCCGCUGGACCGGCGUUUGAAGCUUCGUUCCUCGAGGCCCUGGAGCCGGCGCUGGAAGACCUGGCCAGGCACGGCAUCAAAGUCGCCGCCAACGCCGGGAACGCGGACGUGCAGGGACUGUAUGAUGUCGUGGUCGAGAUGGUGCGGAAAAAAGGGUUGCAGGACAAGAUCAAGGUGGCGUGGAUCUCGGGCGACGAGGUUCUGCCGGCCAUCAACGCAGGAAUGAAGAGCGGGACGUCCAAGUUCAAGAACGUCUACACGGGCCAGGUGCUCGAGAGCUGGGAGUUUGAACCCAUCUACGCGCACGCCUACCUGGGCGGCAUGGGCAUCGCCGAGGCGUUUCGGCAGGGCGCCCAGAUCGUCGUCUGUGGCCGGGUCGCGGAUGCGUCGCCCGUCAUUGGCGCCGCGGCGUGGUUCCAUCAGUGGUCGCGGGAGAACCUGGAUCAGUUGGCCAACGCCUUCGUCGCGGGCCACCUGAUCGAGUGCUCGACAUAUGUCACCGGUGGCAAUUUCACUGGCUUCAAGAGUCUCGAGGCCGGGGGUCGGUGGGUCGAUAUCGGGUACCCCAUCGCAGAGAUCUCGCAAGAUGGCCAGGUGGUCAUCACGAAACAGAAGAACACAGGCGGGACGGUGACGGUCCACACAUGCUCGUCGCAGUUACUGUACGAGAUCCAAGGACCCUGGUACUUCAACAGCGAUGUCACCGCCGUCCUGGACCAGCUGUGGUUCGAACAGCUCGGCCCCGACCGUGUCGCAUUGCACGGCGUCAAAGCCCUGCCGCCGCCUCCGACGACCAAAGUCGGCAUCACCGCUCGCGGCGGAUUCCAGGCUGAGGCCUGGUACUUCCUGACUGGAUUGAACAUUGCCGAAAAGGCGCGCAUGACCGAGGCACAGCUGCGCAAAAGCUUGAAGCCAUAUUCGGACAAAUUCACGACAUUGUCUUUCGCCGUCCUGGGAACACCGGCUGUCGACGCCGACAACCAAAAUGCCGCCACGUGCAUCUUUCGAAUAUUCGUGCAAGGCAAGAACGCCAGCGACAUCUCCGCGCCCAAGUUCCUGAGACCCGUGAUUGACAAUAUCAUGCAGGCGUACCCAGGAGGGACAUUCCAUCUGGAUUUUCGUCAGGGUCUCCCCAAACCGUACUUUGAGUAUUACGUGACUCUGUUGGACCAAGCAAAGGUGUCACACGUGGUGCAUUUCAACGGGCGAGAAACACUCGUGCCACCGCCGACCGUCACCAACGUCUUCGCUGAGAGGCAGCCGAGUCAGCCAGUCACACAACUGCAAGUUGACCUCUCCAAGUUCGGCCCGACCGAGCGAGCUCCAUUGGGAUCCAUCGUGAAUGCCCGCUCCGGCGAUAAAGGGUCGGACUGCAACUGCGGUUUCUGGGUCGCGCGGGAGGACGAAUACGUGUGGCUGAAAAACCUGCUCUCCGUCGAGACCGUCAAACUCCUGUUGGGCAAGGAGUGGGACGAGACGCGGGUGCCCAAGCUCGAAAUCGAGAGGUUCGAACUGCCGAAUCUGAGAGGCGUGCAUUUCUUGUUCCGGAACCUGCUGGAUCGAGGCGCCGGAAGUACCAGCACCGUGGACUUUUUGGGCAAGAAUUGCGCCGAGUACUUGAGGGCACGAUACGUCGAUGUCCCCGUGAGGUUUUUGGCUAGAGGGAGGCUGUGA